ACGACGUUACAGUUGUAAGUAGAGUUCAAAGUUCAAUGAUUAACCAUCAAAAUAGGAUCUAGCUGUGUGUUGUUGGUUGUCUUUACGGGGCGAAAACAGCUGCGCCAGCAGAGACAACAUCGUUUGAUUCGCGCCGGUUAGUAAACGGAGCAGUCUGAGCAUGGUGGAGACUUAAAAGGUGCAUGUCCGCACAGUUAAGCUGGGAAAGGAAGGACGGCUAGCUGUUAGCACGCUAGCGACAGGAGCUAACAUUAGUGGGUCGGGGGAACGAAAACGGCAGCUAUGUUCGUCCAGGAGGAGAAAAUAUUUGCGGUCAAAGUGCUGAAGGUCCACAUCUGCACCGCGGAGGGGACGGAGUGGCUGGAGGAGGUGACCGAGGACACCACCGUGGAGAGGCUCAAGGAGAAGUGUCUGAAACAUUAUGUGCACGGAAGUCUAGAAGACCCGAAAACACUGACACACCAUAAACUUAUCCAUGCUGCUUCAGAGCGUAUCCUCACAGAUACUAAAACGGUCAACGAUGAAAACAUCAAAGAUAGAGAUGUUUUGCUGCUGAUAAAGAAAAGACCACCCCCUCCACCACCAAAGAUGUCCGACAUAUCUGCAGAUGAAAAGAAGAAGCAGGAGAACAAGGCUCCAGACAAGGAUGCUAUCCUUAAAGCCACCGCCGCCCUGUCAACUAAACACACCGACCGCACGGUCACCCAGCACAACAUCCGAGACUUUCAGACAGAGCUCAGGAAGAUCCUGGUAUCUCUGAUCGAGGUGGCCCAGAAGCUGCUGGCCUUGAACCCGGACGCAGUGGAACUGUUCAAAAAGGCCAACGCCAUGCUGGAUGAGGACGAUGAGGACCGGGUGGAUGAACAGGCACUCCAUCAGCUGACAGAGAUGGGUUUCCCUGAGAGCAGAGCCAUCAAAGCUCUUCGCUUGAACCACAUGUCGGUCACCCAGGCCAUGGAAUGGCUGAUCGAACAUGUCGACGACCCCUCGGUGGACACUCCUCUCCCGGGCCACGAGACGUCAGGGGCUGCGGCCACGGCCCCAGCGGGUCCCUCUCUGGUCGGCCCCGCCUCGCUGUCCGGGGUCCUUCAGCUCCGGAGCAUCCGCCAGGCCUCCACAGAGGAGAGCAGCAGGCAGGAUGAGCUCACCGAGAUCUUCAAGCGGAUCCGCAGGAAACGAGAGUUCAGGCCGGACUCCAGGGCAGUGAUUGCCCUGAUGGAGAUGGGCUUUGAGGAGAAGGAGGUGGUGGAUGCUCUGAGGGUGAACAACAACCAGCAGGAUGCUGCCUGCGAGUGGUUGCUGGGAGACCGGAAGCCCUCCCCCGAGGACCUGGACAAGGGCAUCGACACCAACAGCCUCCUGUUCCAGGCCAUCCUGGAGAACCCAGUCGUCCAGCUGGGCCUCACCAACCCCAAGACUCUUCUGGCGUUCGAAGACAUGCUUGAAAAUCCUCUGAACAGCACGCAAUGGAUGAAUGAUCCAGAGACUGGCCCGGUCAUGCUCCAAAUCUCCAGAAUCUUCCAGACCCUAAAUCGUACAUAGUGUGUGUGUGUGUGUGUGUGUGUGUGUGUGUGUGUGUGUGUGUGUGUGUGUGUGUGUGUGUGUGUGUGUGUGUGUGUGUGUGUGUGUGUGUGUGUGUGUGUGUGUGUGUGUGUGUGUGUGAUGGGAGGAGGUAUUGGUUUGCCUUGAAAAGUGAAAGCCCUAGGUUUGGAUUGACAAAUGUUACGCAUAUUGUCUAUUUAUGACAUUUACAGACAAAGCCCUUUUAAAAUUAAAUGUUACCUUGAACUUUAUUAAGAUCUCAAUAACUGAAAUUUAGUACGUUGUUUUUACAUUUUAAUAAGAACUUUAUAGUUAGGAUGGACAUGAUUUAUUUUAUAUAAUUUCUCCAUGUGUGAAAAUAAUAGAUUUUUAGGCAUCAAUUCAAUGUUUACACUUCUGAAAACUUUUUUUGUAUGUUUUGCAACAUUUAAAAUUCAAUGUUUCUGGCUGUUAAAUUUCUUCAGCAAUGAAUGUUAUAUUUUUGAAGAGGGAGGGAUGCGCUUAAUUCGAGUUUCUCUGGCCUUGUUAAAGAAGCGUGAUUGUCCGUGAUCAUUGAAUAUGGGUUUGUGACACAUUACCGCUAGAAGUUCAGCUUUGAGGGCCUGCCUGCCUCGUUACUGUAAAUCACACUUGUAUCGAUUUUACAACAUUACAACAAUUGUCCUUGUGCAAAUUUGAAAAUAUUUAUUUAAUAUUUUGCCUUUCAAAGAAGAAUAUACACUGUC